UUUAGGUGAAACAGAGGAGGAAGAAGAAGAGCAUAAUGCAAAUACAAAGCACAAAAAUGGGCACUUCAAGAAAGCCUAAAAGUAUCAAAUCUAAAGAUAACCAAGCUUGCUCGGGAAGCUCCAAGAAAUCAGGAAGAAACAAUAACACACGGAAGAAGAAAACCCGACUUACCGAUUUAUACGAUAAUGUCGAGUCCAUGUAUUCCGUCAUGGAGCGUGCGGAUCGAGUUCUGACAUGCUUAGAAAGUGAGCUUGAUGAGCUCCCGUUUUUCUUGAAGUCUAUGCUCCCCUCAAAUGUCUCUCAUGGAUUCUGGCUGCAUCUACCGAAAAAUUUCUGCAGACUUCAUUUGCCCAAUCAUGAUACGUCUAUAACUUUGGUGGACGAAUGGGGGAACGAAUAUAAGACCUCUUAUCUUCUCGAGAGGCAUGAUUCUGAAAUUGCGGUUAAGAAAGCCCUUCGCUAUCACGAGUCGUCGUUUUUGCACGAACAUCCUUGUGAGGGCGUCGUUUGUAGGUAGGUUUUGUAAAAACCCCAAAAGAAAAAGGACCAAAAAGAAAAAAAAGAAAGAUACUUUGGGGAGCACCUUUAUUUAUGCUCCGUUUGGUGUGUCCUCAAAAGCAUCGAUUUUUGGGGAAUAUAUGUUAAAAGCUUGCAAAUAGCACAAGUCCCUUUAUGAAACGAGUAUAUAUAUAUGUGCCGGGACUAUUACAGAAUCCUCGGUUUUACUUUUGAUGAGUUGGAUCGUGAGGAUUUUUGGGGUUAUAAACAUAUAUGUAUGAACUCACUCAAGGUUUUAGUGUUAGAAGAAGAUUACAUAUCACAUAUGGGUUAUAUUAUAUAUGCCUUAUAUUCAUUGACGCUUUUUUGCUAUGAAGCCAACAGUGGCUCCAUAGUGGAGCCAACCUU